AUGUCGCUUUUUAAGAUAGUCGUUCUUGGCGAGGGCGGCGUGGGCAAGAGCGCCCUCACGAUCCAGUACUCUCAACACUUCUUCGUCAAAGAGUAUGACCCAACAAUUGAGAGCAAUUAUUCGAAGACGGUCAACCUCGACGACAUGGUCACCGUGCUGGAUAUCCUCGACACAGCAGGCCAGGAGGAGUAUAGUGUGAUGCGCAGUCAGUACAUUCGCUCUGGGAACGGCUUCGUCCUCGUCUACGCCAUCACCAGCAAGGAUCAGAUCCUACGAGUGAAGGAUUCCGAUGGAUACCCGGUCGUGAUCUGUGGUAACAAGGCGGACAUGGAGGACGCGAGGGAGGUGUCGAAGGAAGACGGACAGGCGCUCGCCCAGAAGCUAAAUUGUCCCUUCUUCGAAACGUCAGCCAAGACGAGGGUCAACGUGGAAGAGGCCUUCAACACGCUGGUGAGGAACAUGAGGGCCAACAUGGACUUCAUCCGACAGAAGGAGGAGGAGCAGAACAACAUGCUCGACUCGCCGAGGCGGGGCAAGGACGACAAGAAGGGGAGCAAGCGCGGGUCGCGCGUCGGAGUCUCCAAACCCACGCUCGGCGGCGUCAAGUGUGUACUCUCCUGA